CUAGCCCUUCCCUAUUGUUUUGUUGAACACGUUCAAAAACCAACGCACGAAUGGGGAAAAUGAGGAAACCUGACCAUAAAGAGAUGCUGCACAAUCGCACUAAAUCCUGGGGCAAACAGAAGUUCAAGCCCGCGCCAUUUGUACGCAACAGGGCACCGGCACCCGUUCCCGAUCCCCAGGAGACAGCCCAGCCAUGGCAACAUGUGAAGAGCGAUCUUAUAGACGAUGCCGUGGAAGCGGGCAACGCUGGGCGCCUGGAUGCGGACAGUACGAAGGCGAAGGAGUUCCGAAGGCAGCGAGAGCAGAACCACAGACGAAGCAUGAUCGAAGCCACGCGUAGUGAGAAAACCACAUGGGAAUCCUUCGAAGAUGAGCCCACACCGUCUAAAGGAAAGAAGGCCAAGAAUAAGAAACCGCCUCUGAAGGCGUCCGGAAAGUCCACAUUUGCUGAGUGUAAUCCGUACAAGGGGGAAAUGCCAACUAAUACCGAAAACUUUACCUUUGAGGAACGCGAUUUCUAUCGAAGAAAAAUAACGCUCGGCGUAGCCAUGUCCAGCCGAAAACCCAACUUAAAAACGGCAAUUGCAGAUCUGACCAGAUGUGGUCUGAAGGCAUCCUCACAGCCGGCUUUAAAGCAAAAGAAAGCAAGAGUAAAGAAAUCAAAGCCAAAGAAAGAGCUGACGGAUGCCAUGAGGAAUAACCCAUUCCAGAAGCAGAGCAUUGAAUAUUAGACGUUUCGUGGUGGGGGGACAAAAUCAGAAAUGUAUACACAACAUUACUACACGCUUUAUGUAAAUCUUAGACAUAGUGGUACAAAUACAUGUGGAAUAGGUCUGCAAAAAUAAUAAAUAAACUAAACAGAAUGAGACUCCAUGUACUCC